AUGUCCAACCGGCCUAAUUCCAAUCCAGGGGGGUCACUGCGCCGUUCACAGAGGAACACUGCUGCGGCCCAGCCACAAGACCACACAGUAGCUGGAAGGUUGCAGACAGAGCAGACAAAACACAAAACAAAUUCCCCACCUGAAAGUAGAAGACACAAUUCUAAAGCUCCCAAAGCCACAGCCAGCUCCGCUACCGGCCAGUCCAGAGGGCACAGCUCAAGAAGAAGCGGCCUUACUCUGUCCGUGGCUUCAUUUGUUUUGCAAGACGACCCUGAGACUGCAGGAACGUCUGAACAAGAGCGAUCGGGCCAUUUUUCAAAAAGUGAGGGCACCCGCGGACUCAAACGAAGCGAAGCUCCCGACCAAAUCAGCGUCCUUGGACCGACCCCUUCCAAGAAGUCCAAACCCAUCCACCAACCCCGAGACAAUACCUCAGAGACCAAGAAAGGCCCAGCUAAGUCCAAGAAGAGACCUGUGGCCUCAGACUCCUCUGCGUCAUCAGGUCGAGGUCAGAGCAAAAAGAGUGUGGUUGCUGGGGGCUCCCCAAGUCAGAAAAGGAAAAAAUCAGACACUCUCCCCGGUCUAAGUAGUACCGCUGCUUCCCUCGCUAAUUGUAGUGAGGGCAGAACUGCAAAACCCACCAAGCUGGCGUCUAAAUCAGCCGCCUCAGCCAAAGCUGGGUGUAGCAACGUGACAGACUCCUCCUCUUCUGCUUCAUCCUCUUCCUCUUCCUCCAUAACAGGCACCAAUAGCACUGCCACACAGGGUGCCCGAGUCAAACAGGGAAAAGAUCAGAGCAAAGCGCGCCGCUCUCGCUCAGCGUCUAGCCCCUCCCCGCGCCGUAGCACACGAGACAAGGAACAGGCCAAAACCACCAGCUCGUCAAAAUUUGAGUGGGCAGCCCGCUUUAACCCCAAAGUCAACCUGCCAAAACCCAAACUGUCUUUACCCGGAUCCUCCAAAACUGAGACCUCCAAGCCCGGCCCAUCAGGACUGCAAGCUAAACUAGCAAACUUGAGAAGAUCCACCAAGAAGCGCAGCGAGUCUCCUCCAGCAGAGCUCCCCAGCUUUCGGCGGAGCACACGGCAGAAGACCACGGGCUCCUGUGCCAGCACCAGUCGGCGGGGUUCAGGCCUGGGCAAGCGCGGGGCAGCUGACUCUCGCCGCCAAGAGAAAAUGGCCGACUCCGACAACAACCAAGAUGGGGCCAACUCAUCAGCCGCUCGUACCGAUGAAGCUUCACAAGGGGCCUCAGCUUCGAGUUCAGUAGCUGGAGCAGUGGGUAUGACAACCUCUGGAGAAAGUGAGUCUGAUGAUUCGGAAAUGGGAAGGCUUCAAGCUUUGCUGGAGGCCCGAGGUCUCCCUCCUCACCUCUUUGGGCCUUUGGGACCUCGUAUGUCACAGCUGUUCCAUAGGACCAUAGGCAGUGGAGCCAGUUCCAAGGCUCAGCAGCUGCUGCAGGGCCUUCAGGCCACUGGCGACGAGUCUCAGCAGCUCCAAGCUGCGAUUGAGAUGUGCCAGCUGUUGGUGAUGGGCAACGAGGAAACUCUGGGUGGUUUUCCAGUCAAAAGUGUGGUGCCGGCUCUGAUUACACUCUUACAAAUGGAACAUAACUUUGAAAUUAUGAACCAUGCCUCACGUGCACUCACCUACAUGAUGGAGGCGCUCCCCCGGUCGUCCGCAGUGGUGGUUGAUGCAAUUCCUGUCUUCCUAGAGAAGCUCCAGGUGAUCCAGUUCAUUGACGUUGCAGAGCAGGCUCUGACUGCCUUAGAGAUGCUGUCAAGGCGACACAGUAAAGCCAUUUUGCAGGCCGGUGGGCUGGCAGACUGCCUUCUCUACCUGGAGUUCUUCAGUAUCAACGCUCAGAGGAAUGCCUUGGCCAUUGCAGCCAACUGUUGCCAGAGCAUCACUCCAGACGAGUUCCACUUUGUUGCAGAUUCUCUGCCUCUGUUGACUCAGAGACUAACACACCAGGACAAAAAGUCAGUUGAAAGCACUUGUCUCUGUUUUGCCAGACUGGUGGACAACUUUCAGCACGAAGAGAACCUGCUGCAGGAAGUGGCAUCAAGAGACUUGUUAACAAACAUUCAGCAGCUGCUGGUUGUGACUCCUCCUGUUCUCAGCUCGGGGAUGUUCAUCAUGGUGGUGCGCAUGUUUUCACUAAUGUGCUCUAACUGUCCAAGCCUGGCGGUCCAGCUUAUGAAACAGAAUAUAGCGGAAACUCUGCGUUUUCUUCUGUGCGGUGCAUCAAAUGGCAGCUGCCAGGAGCAGAUUGAACUGGUACCCAGGAGUCCCCAGGAGCUCUAUGAACUGACGUCCCUCAUAUGUGAGCUGAUGCCUUGCUUGCCUAGAGAGGGCAUCUUUGCCGUUGAUGUGAUGCUAAAGAAGGGCAGUGCCCAGACGACAGAGGGAGCUAUCUGGCAGUGGAGGGAUGACCGAGGCCUGUGGCAUCCUUACAAUCGGAUUGACAGCCGCAUUAUUGAGACAGCCCACCAGAACGGGGAAGAUGAGAUCAGCUUGUCGACCCUGGGCCGAGUGUACACUAUUGACUUCAACUCUAUGCAGCAGAUAAAUGAAGAUACUGGAACAGCGCGGGGCAUCCAGAGGAAGCCCAAUCCUCUGUCCAACCCCAACACAGGAAGCCACCAGGAGGUCAGACGAGAAGAUGCACGAGCCCAGUUGAUGAAGGAGGACCCAGAGCUUGCAAAGUGCUUCAUUAAAACGCUGUUUGGGGUCCUGUAUGAGGUGUACAGUUCCUCAGCUGGCCCUGCUGUCCGACACAAGUGCCUUAGAGCCAUCCUCAGGAUCAUCUACUUUGCUGAUGCAGAGCUUCUGAGGGAUGUGCUGAGGAACCAUGCUGUGUCCAGUCACAUUGCCUCCAUGCUCUCCAGCCAGGACCUGAAGAUUGUAGUUGGUUCUCUGCAGAUGGCUGAAAUCCUCAUGCAGAAACUGCCAGAUGUGUUCAGUGUCUAUUUCAGAAGAGAAGGUGUGAUGCACCAGGUGAAAAACCUUGCAGAGUCGGAGAGCUUUCUGGUCACCAGUCCUCCAAAAGCUUGUCCUAGUGGUACAGCCAGUCUCUGCACCACAACCAUCAGCACUGCGUCUACGACGGCUACUAACAAUGCAACUCCUGACCUGGGCUCCCCCAGCUUCCAGCACAGUAUGGAUGACUCUCUGGACCUCAGCCCACAGGGGCGGUUAAGUGAUGUCCUAAAGAGAAAGAGACUUCCCAAAAGAGGUCCCAGGAGGCCCAAAUACUCUCCACCAAGAGAUGAUGACAAAGUAGACAAUCAGGCUAAAAGCCCCACCAGUACUCAGUCCCCCAAGUCCUCCUUUUUGGCCAGUUUGAAUCCCAAAAGCUGGGGGAAGCUUGGCACCCAAACCAAUAACGCCAACUCAGAGCCGUCUCGCACUGCGGGGGUGAGCGGCUUGUCGAGGGCGCCUCCUAAGGACUCUAUUUCCAAUAACAGAGACAAAAUCAAAGCCUGGAUCAAAGAGCAAGCGAGUAAAUUUGUGGAGCGUUACUUCAACUCAGAAAACGUGGAUGGCAGCAACCCUGCAUUGAAUGUUCUCCAGAGACUCUGCACAGCCACCAAACAGCUCAGUCUGCAGGUGGACGGUGGUUUGGAGUGCCUAGCUGAGAUCUCCAGCAUUGUGUCCGAGUCGGACGUGUCUUCUUUUGAGAUUCAGCACAGCGGGCUGGUGAAGCAGCUCCUGGUCUAUCUUUCCUCAAACACAGACCGAGACUUGCUGAGUCGUGACAUCAGGCUCAAGCGGUUCCUCCACGUGUUUGCCGGCUGUCCAGCUCCUGGAAUAGAACCUGUAGGUCAACUGAACCCGACCGAGACCGCGCCCUUCCUGGGACUGGUGUACAAGAUGAACAGCUGUCUGAGCCAGAUGGAGCAGUUCCCAGUGAAGGUCCACGACUUCCCCAGUGGUAACGGCAACGGCAGCAGGGGUUCCCAAGCACUGAAGUUCUUCAACACGCAUCAGCUCAAGUGUCAGCUGCAGAGACACCCGGAUUGCACUAAUGUCAAGCAGUGGAAGGGCGGCCCUGUGAAGAUCGAUCCCCUGGCUCUGGUGCAGGCCAUUGAGAGAUAUCUAGUGGUCAGAGGUUAUGGUCGAAUCAGGGAAGAGGAUGAAGACAGUGAUGACGACGGUUCAGAUGAUGAAAUUGACGAGUCACUGGCGGCGCAGUUCCUGAAUUCGGGCAGCGUCCGACACCGGUUACAGUUCUACAUUGGUGACCACUUGCUACCGUACAACAUGACUGUGUACCAGGCUGUACGUCAGUACAGUCUCCAGGCGGAAGAAGAAAGGGAGUCCACAGACGACGAGGCCAACCCUCUGGGCCGUGCUGGAAUCUGGACCAAAACACACACGAUAUGGUAUAAGCCUGUGAGAGAAGACGAGGAUGGAGGGAAAGAUGCUGUGGGUGGAAAGAGGGGCAGAGCUCAGACGGCCCCCACCAAAACCUCCCCCCGAAAUGCCAAGAAGCAGGAUGAGCUGUGGCACGAUGGCGUCUGUCCCACCGUCAUCAAUCCUUUAGACACAUACCUCAGUUCAGAGCCACCGGAAACCAUAACCUUUGACGACCCCUCUCUGGAUGUCAUCCUGCUUCUGAGGGUUCUUCACGCCAUCAGUAGAUACUGGUUCUACCUGCAUGAGAGUGCUGCUUGUAAAGAAAUUUUAACUACCAAUGAGUUCAUAAACAGUAAAUUGACUGCCAAAGCCAACCGUCAGCUGCAGGACCCGCUGGUAAUCAUGACGGGGAACAUCCCCACCUGGCUCAUUGAGCUUGGAAAGAGCUGCCCCUUCUUCUUCCCGUUUGACACCCGGCAGAUGUUAUUCUACGUCACCGCCUUUGAUCGCGACAGAGCCAUGCAGCGGCUUCUGGACACAAACCCUGAGAUCAACCAGUCAGACUCUCAGGACAGCAGAGUGGCUCCACGCCUUGACAGAAAAAAGAGGACGAUAAACCGUGAGGAGCUCCUUAAACAGGCAGAGUCUGUCAUUCAGGACCUCGGCAGCUCCAGAGCCAUGCUGGAGAUUCAGUACGAGAAUGAGGUUGGAACGGGCCUGGGCCCCACCCAGGAGUUCUAUGCUCUGGUGUCUCAGGAGCUUCAGAGAGCUGAUCUAGGUCUUUGGAGAGGUGAAGAGGUCACUCUGACAAACCCUAAAGGCAAUCAGGAGGGUACCAAGUACAUGUUCAGCUCCAGAGGAUUGUUUGCAGUUCCUUUUGGCAGAACAACCAAACCAGCACACAUAGCCAAAAUCAAAAUGAAGUUUCGCUUCUUAGGAAAGUUGAUGGCCAAAGCCAUUAUGGACUUCAGACUGCUGGAUCUGCCUCUGGGGCUCCCGUUUUAUAAGUGGAUGCUGCGACACGAGACGUCUGUGAGCUCACACGACCUGGUUAACAUCGACCCCGGUGUGGCCAAGUCCAUCCAGCAUUUGGAGGACAUCAUUCGGCAGAAGAAGCGGCUGGAGCAGGACCGAUCUCAGACUAGAGAAACCUUACAGCAAGCUCUGGAAAGCCUGAACAUGAACGGCUGCUCUGUGGAGGACCUGGGCUUGGACUUCACUCUUCCCGGCUUCCCGAACAUCGAGCUGAAAAAGGGGGGCAAAGAUGUGGCGGUCACAAUCUACAACCUGGAGGAGUACCUCAGGUUGGUGGUUUACUGGACUUUAAAUGAAGGAGUGUCGAGACAGUUUGAGUCCUUUCGGGAAGGAUUCGAGUCGGUCUUUCCUUUGCAUCACCUGCAGUAUUUCUACCCAGAGGAGCUCGACCAGUUGCUGUGUGGCAGCAAAUCAGAGACAUGGGAUGUGAAGACGCUGAUGGAGUGUUGCAGACCGGAUCAUGGAUACACGCAUGAUAGUCGUGCCAUUCGGUUCCUGUUUGAGGUGUUGAGCAGCUUCGACGCGGAGCAGCAGAGACUCUUCCUGCAGUUUGUCACAGGAAGCCCCAGACUGCCUGUUGGAGGUUUCCGCAGCCUGAAUCCCCCUCUGACCAUCGUGAGAAAGACGUUCGAGUCGACGGAGAACCCGGACGACUUCCUCCCCUCAGUCAUGACCUGUGUAAACUACCUAAAGCUGCCUGACUACUCCAGCAUUGAGAUCAUGCGAGAGAAACUGUUGAUUGCAGCUCGCGAGGGCCAGCAGUCCUUCCACCUUUCCUGAUCUCCUCACAUCUCACAUUCAGAUGCCUUCAGCAGCAACUGAUUAAAUCAUAACUUCCCUAGUUUCUUUCUUCUUUUUUUUUAAUUUUUAUUUUGUUUUUUGUAAUCCAAUACAUUGAGGCUAAGUGUACAGCCUUCUUGUUAGAGAAAGCAGCUUGCAGAGAGGUUAAGACUUCAAAUAUAUAUUUGCUGCCCCGUCUCAUAAAAAACAGGAGGAAAGGUGUUUCACAACUCAGAACCGAAAAUAUAAAAAUAAAAAAACAAGAGUAAAAACUUAUCAGUAGUUCUGUUUAAAAAGAUGAAAACAUCUGGGUGACGUUUUAAACUGCAUUGCUAUGUGAUAUUUAAAAAAAAAAAGGGAUGUCUCCUCUCUAGAGGUUUGGACAACCUGUCUGGUGUCUGAGGGGAGUGCGGGUGGGGAGGGGGUCCACAGGGCAAGCUAGGUUUACUUUAGCUCCAAAGAUCAUUUGUACAGACAAAAUUUGCAGACUUUGCUCAUUCUUUACAUUUGAUAGAAUAGCUCUUUGUUUUCGUGUCUCUGCCCCACCUCGGUUUGUCACUCUGCAUUUUCUUCUGUACUAUAUUGCUCCCAGUUUGUUUGUUUGUUUGUGCGUUUGGGUUCGGCUUCCUCCCCCCUCGUGUGUCUUUGCUUCCAGUUGUGACAACGUGAGCUGCGUCUGGCUGAAUGCGGGUAGUGAUGAGCUCUUCAAUGUUUUUUUUUUUUUAUUUCCUCCCAUACCCAAGUUGAGAUUGUGUUCUGGCCUCCUUUGAUAGAGAGCUUCAGCUCUAAUGAAGACUUGUAUCCAGUGUGUUGAUCAGGUAAAUUUUGUUUUUGCUCUUAUUUUCAUAGAGUUGGCGUCUUUCUGUUUUGCCCUACUGGACUAGACCAAGCUCUGAGCAACCCUCAACACAAAAUGUAGCUGGGCACACAAUUUGGCUGGUCUCAUUUUAUUGUUUCAAGGCCAGAUAGCAUUUCAAGUUCAUUUAUAAAAUAAAGUAUAUAUGCAGUUUCACAUCCUGUUUCAGGUGGGGAUGUCUGCUUUACCCUUUUUUAAUUUUCUAUAUAGUCUUUAUUUCUUGCUGUAGUUGAUUUUUUUUUUUUCUUCAGUUCUUUUGUUUUUCUGUUUUUGCACUGCUGGCUUGGAACAAACCGUGGUGUGCACCUGCAGUCUGUGUCCAGGGGAUGGCGCCACUGUUUGCUCUCCUGGCCCAAUCGUUCAUGUGCUGGUUUCUAAGAUCUGCAAUAAUUUACUGCAUCAGGUUAAUGUUUUUACCUGAACAUAAAUAAAGUAACUGUUUGACUCA